AUGUCCACUCCCCCACCAACCACCCCCGGCAAGGACACCGUCAAGCCCGCCUUCUCCGAGAAAGACAUGCGCCUCCUCGCGGCCGCCAUGCUCUCCCUCAAGACGGGCCUCCCCGAGCUCGACUACGUCAAGUUCCAGGCCAACGGCGAGUUCAACACCAUGAAGACGGCGCAGAACACCUGGGGCGUGCUCAAGAAGAAGAUCAUGAGCAUGAACCCGGAGGCGGCUGAGGCGGCGGUUGGUGAGUCAUUCCCAGUCUUUCCUGUUUCGACUUAUUUUGUGGAUUGUGUUGUGUUGACUGAAGAUGACAUAAAAGCCACCCCGAAGUCCAAGGCGACUCCCAAGAAGCGCACGAAGAAGGAGGCCGAGGCCGAGGACGGCGACGAGGGUGCCGGCGCCGACGACGAAGAGGCCUCCGCGAAGAAGAAGCCGAAGACCCCACGCAAGAAGAAGGCCGACGCCGCCGCCGACGAGGAGGGCGCUGGCGACGACUCACCAGCCCUAGCCAAGAAGGCUCCCAAGACCCCGCGCAAGAAGGCCACUCCGGCUAAGAAGAGCGAAGAGACGGUCAAGGAGGAGGCCAAGUCUGACGAUGGCGAUGGCGAGGCUUCUUCUUCUUCCGCUGCUGCUGUUGGUGGUGCCGAGGAGGCCAAGAAGGAGGUUGCUGCUGAGGAGCCGAAGACUCCUGAGCCGGCUCCGGCUGCUGAGGACGUCAAGAUGGAAGGUUCUGGUGAUGAGUAG